AUGACUGAAGAGAUUAUUGAUUCUUUCUUUGUGUUGGAGAAACAUGACGUUUACGAUAAAGAAGUAGAUGCGUCCUCGCCUGUCUUCAAAUGCAUUAAAGCGCACACAAAGAACUACGUAUCACACUUUACGACAGUUGUCAGUUGUGAUGGGCUUUGCUACUACGUUUCCGUGAUUCGUAUCAGGAAGUUAAAUGGGACAGAGAAGUUGGAGGGUGAUGCCGAACAUCUGAGGGACAUUAAUAGUUCGUUGCUCAAUCAUCUUGUUCCAAAGAUUUGCCAGGAACCGAGUAUACCUGAUAAAGACGACAAAGGCACAGUAAGAUACUUGGCCACCUUGCCCAAGGACCUGAAAAAGACUUACGCCAAUUGCUACUUCACUUGGGGCAAAAAUAUGAUCUGUAGUGUUACAGAUGUUGGACCGAGCAUGAUUCGUUUUGAUCUGAGAAGAUUUGAGAGCAGCGGGCAUCAUAUUCUUGAUGAUAAGUCUAUUGUGUAUUUCGAGGCAACAUUUGUUGGCGAAGAAAAAAUUGCACAGCCAUCAGGGAGUCAUAUUAUCUUGCCUGGGAUGUUGUUAGGUGAUUUUUUAAAUCUACGCUUAACACUUAGUCCAGGCUCUACCGGAAGCAGCGAUACAAUGGAGUUGUUUUUGGAGCUGCUUCAUAUUACAUUAGUUGAAAGGACUGCUAUUCUGCUGAAUGAAAGUGGGUUCCCAAUGAGGUUUGGCACUCCUAACAUCUGUCGCAGGCCUAUUGUUAGACAUGUUGGGCUCAGUACUCCCAUCUUUGGGGCAUCCCAGAAUUAUGGCUCCAGCUGGCAAGAUUUCUGGCUGUUUAAUGUCCCAUCCCAUAUGUAUAACUGCCGCUUCCCAUCGAUCGAGGUCACACUGUUCUCCAAUAACUUUAUACGACACUAUUUUCUAGAGAUUGAAGUGAUGCUUCGAUGUAAAGGGCAAAAAUUCAGAGUUAUUGUACACCAGAUUAUUAAUGUUGCAGCUGAAGAUUUCUUCGACAUCGUGGAAUGGUCACCACCAGAGAAUUCACAUUACGCCGCGGCCUCUGAAGAGCAUUCUUUGACUGACUUUAGCGGCUUGUUGGAAAUCCCUAAGGUAUUGGCUUCCUGCUCGGCAAAGAAUAAUUUACACUACGAACAUUGCUUGACUGCUUGUUCGACAGGAUCUUCUAUUUUGGCUGAUUUCUCACAAUUCAAAUUGCUUGAUGGAGCGAGUGUUGUUCUUCCCGGUAUGUUAUUUUCCAGUUUUACCAAUGCCGAGCUCACAAUUAAAGAUAGCGAUGAGCAGGUACCGACUGAUGUCUCUAUUGAACGCAUCCAGGUCAAAAUUAAAGAGAAAGUUUGUUUCGUUUACCCUUCGAAGGAAAACUCUUCAAAGAUAGUAUUCGAAGAAACUGUUGAUUCCACCUACAACUUGCUUUGGGACGUUUUUGAGAUUAUACAGUCUUUCAUUUAUUGUAUCAGUGUAUCAUGUGGAUACGAAGGAGUCGAGAUCAUUGACCGGUGA